GUAUUUGCCGAAAAAUUAUGUGUAGCAAUGAUCUGUUAUACCCGAUUGGCGAAUUUAAGAUAAGUCAUUCAAACGUCAGGAAAGCCGCUGGAUGUCUAUGACAUUCAUCAGUCAGAUGUAUAAUUUAUUUUGUUUGAAAAAAUUCUUGUCAACGACUUUUUCUGAUCUCGUGCCUUUUUCUCUCAUGUCGUACAAACGGCGACAAUCGAAGCUCGCUGCUGCGGCAGCAGCUGAACAGGCUUUGCGAACAGAAAAGAAAAUAGWAACUGCAAGCAAGAACAAAGGUCGAGCGAAAAAAAAAAGUUCAGCUCCUGUUUACCUCGGCAUGUUCAAAGCGAAAAUUCUCAUAAUUGGACCUUGUGAGAGUGGCAAAACUGUGUUAGCAAAUUUUCUUUCUGAUGCUACUGAAACAUCUGGCGGAGAAUACCAUCCUACGCAAGGCGUAAGAAUUCUUGAAUUUGAAUGCAACAACAUAGAGGUAUCCCUUAGCAGAACAGCAAAUUGUGAAGUAGAAUUAUGGGAUUGCAGUGGAGAUCAUAGAUUCUCAACUUGUUGGCCAGCUCUUCAAAAUGAUACCAAUGGCGUAGUGAUGGUUUACAAUCCAGACCAACCAAACCAUGACAAAGAACUAGAAACAUGGUAUACUCAGUUUGUACAGGAACAGUGGUUACGGGAUUCACAAUGUCUUAUAUUUGCACAUCACAAACCUAUGGCACCAGAACGAGUCAGGACUCAAGUCCCUCAAACUCUCUCCAAAGUMCCAUGUGUUCACACCAAUCUAGAUGAAGACCCAGACUCUGUACGAGAAGAAUUCAAAAAUUUCCUGGGACAAGUUUUAAGUAAUUUGACUGACAAGCGAGAUCAAGAAGAACUUAGUAUCAUGAACAACUGAUGUUAGUAAUAUAUAUAAACUAAGGUCUUUUUUAGGAGUCUGUGCACCUAACCCGUGUAAAGACAUGUGUAAGGACGGAUCCAGGGGGAGGGGAAUUUUCAGGGUUCAAAAAUAUAUAGAAAUUAUGAAAAAGGAGCUGAAUCCCAAACAAAGCAGCAUUCAUCUGAAAGCCAAAUGCCAUUAUCCGCAGCCGUAAAUCUAUCAAUUUAAUAUUUUUUACAGAGUCAGCCACCCCUUCUUAUCACGUUCUGGAUCCGCCUGUGUUUAACCCUUUGACGACGGGUGUUUAUUUGUUGAUUUUGGAGCAUUUUCGACUAUAAGAAGAUGAUGGAAUAUUUGACUUCCAUAUAAGGUGUUGUCAAUCAAACUAUUGCAGAUUUGAAUUCCCUAGGGAGCGUUAACAUAGUAAGCAAAAGAAURAAAGACAAGCCUCUGAAACCAGGGUAUCGCCAGAGGGUUAAACACUGCAAUUAGUGCAACAAAAAUAAUCAUAAUUACAGUCACGUCUGCCGCUAACAAGUCAGGCAUGACAACUAGUAGUAUGCAAAACUAACUAUUUCACGGGCUGCGUGGAAUGACUCUAUUGCAGUCAUUAGCAAUAGGCAAUAUGCAUGCACCRACGCAAUUUUGUGCAGCAAAAUGAUGGUAGUUGUAGUCCAGCGUACCUUUUCUAAGCAAAUAUAGAAGUAGUUAGUACAGUUUCUACUAAGAAAACGUAAAAACGGCUCUUAGGAGAUAUUCUAGGGUCGAGUACUACAACAAAAUGGCAUCGCUGCACAAUGCCUAUGGAAUGGCUGCAAAUCCUUUGUUCGAUUCGGACUAUUCUUUCAGAAAUCUGUGCGAAACUGUGACAGUAGACGUUCACUGGUUUUCCUGAAUCCUAGAGUGUAACAUCUAUUCAACUGUACUUUUUAUGUUUUGUACAAUUGUUGUUUUUUGCUAGUAUUUAAGUAUUAGUAAGCGAUGACAAAGAAGRAGACUCCGGCGAAGGGRAUGUUUCCAUUUGUUAUAUUCUCUGAUUCCUUCAUUACUUCAUUCCUUCUCAGUUUUCGUGCUUUCUUGCUUUCCUUGUCUCUUUGCAUCCGCUUACUUCAUCACUAGCGUGAGAAUCGGUCUUUUUCGCGUCAUUAUAUAAUAUAUAAUAUAAAUGCUAUUUAAUGUUAUUUCUUGGGUUUAAUGUCUUUACUUUAUCAUGUUAUAUAGUGUAAAAUAUAUCAAGCUAUUUAUAAAUCUCUAACAUGGUA